UUUGGCGAUUAAUAUAUCUGCUUUACCAAUGAUUCCAUCUAUGAACAUUUAUAUAUACCCUACAUUUCUUUUGCACCAAGUGCAAUCAUCAUAGAACUUUCCAAGUGCAAUCAAAAUGUGCUUCUUCCAAAUGUCACACACCAAACGGGAUGUGAUCGAAUCAUGCAACAAACAACAUUGGAUCCUUUUCUUGGUUUUUGAUAUGCUUUUCUUUAGAUUUUUUUUGUUUGGUGGUUGAAGUAAGCCAUGUUAUGACAGUCCAAGGACCCUCAUGAUGUUUCAAUCACGACCAUCCAAAAAAAUUAUACACCAAGAUAAUUGAAGCGAUCUCGAUAUACAACACUUGCUCGGAAUAUCGUGAAAAGAUUAUUGAAGCAUUUUAAUAUUUGGGAGAGAAUAGAAUACACACAUUAAUAUACUGUUAUUUCAUAUUAGAUGUAAAAGAAUAUACGCACAUUACAAUAAAAUUUGUAGAUUAAGUAAUUGAAGUCGAUCCUUAUUACCAUUCAUAAAUUGGUCACUUAAAUGUGAGACUGGAAAGUCUGUGAGUGUGAAGUUAUAGUGAAAUAUUUUCUAAAAAGGAAAAAAAAAAAGCGAAGGUAAAAUAAGUAUUGACCUCUCUACCUGUAAACACUUUUGUCCUCAGCCCAAAUUCCAGAAAUCAAUGCCCCUUUUUCCCUUUCCACCACCAACUGUUAUAAUUCUAUCAUGUGUUUGUAGAGACAAACAAUUCCCCCAUCUGUCUAUGGCAUUCGAUUAGCCAUUUUUUUUCCCCCCUAAUUCCCUAGAGCCCCUCAUUUCCUCUUUAGUUCUUUGAGCUCUCGCCAUUGCUUGCCGCGAUGGCGUCAUGGGAGCAUUUCGGGGAGGUGGCGAACGUCAUACAGCUGACCGGCCUCAACGCCGUCGCGUUGAUCGGCCUGAUAGCCCGGGCGGCGAGCACGGCGAGAAUGCACAAGAGGAACUGCAGGCAGUUCGCGCAGCACGUGAAAUUGAUUGGUAAUUUGCUGGAGCAGCUGAAGAUCACGGAGCUGAAGAGGUACCCGGAGACGAGGGAGCCAUUGGAGCAGCUCGAGGACGCACUGAGGAGGGCUUAUCUGCUGGUCAACAGCUGCCAGGAGCGGAGCUAUCUCUACUUGAUGGCUAUGGGCUGGAACAUAGUCUAUCAGUUCAGGAGAGCUCAGGAGGAGAUCGAUCGCUACUUGAGGAUUAUUCCUCUGAUUGCUCUCAUUGAUAACGCCAGAGUAAAGGAGAGGCUCGAAGAAAUUGAGAGGGACCAGCGUGAGUACACAUUAGAUGAAGACGAAAGGAAAGUACAAGUUGCCCUCUCCCAAAACGACAUGAUAAUCUUGAAGAAAAGCCUGUCCUGUUCUUAUGGGAAUGUGCCUAUCAAUAAGGCCCUAAGAAAGGAACGCGAGAAGCUUCAGGCUGAGCUCCAGCACUCACAAGCUAACAUGGACGUGAGCCAGUGCCAGGUGAUCGAACGCCUAAUGGAGGUUACCGAGUAUGCGGAAGCAAGUCCUGAGAGUGACCAAGAUUCUCCACGUAAGGCUUCACGGACAUCAGAUUCAGACAAGGAGCAUUUUUCGAGUGAAAAGAAUCAUGGGAAAGUCAGUAACUCGAAAAGCUCGAGUUGGGAAGUGAAGAAGUCGUCUGGUUAUGAUACAGCAUCAACCAGGGAGGUGACUGGGCAAGACAAGUGGCAUGCGGAUUUACUUGGCUGUUGUUCUGAACCUUACUUGUGUAUAAAGACUUUCUUUUGUCCUUGUGAUACCCUUUCGAAGAUAGCAUCCGUGGCAACUGGCAAGGAAAUAUCUCCGGCCCAGACUUGUAAUGACAUAAUGGCAUAUUCGCUGGUAUUAUCAUGUUGUUGCUACACAUGUUGUCUCAGAGGAAAGCUCAGACGGACUCUUAAUAUCAAGGGUGGUUGGUUUGACGAUUUCUUGUCACAUUUGAUGUGUUGUUGCUGUGCACUCAUCCAAGAAUGGAGGGAAGUGGAGAUACGAGGUACUUUCUUUUUAUUGCUUUGGUGCCUCUUAGGCUGUAAGUAAACGUCAUUCUUAAUAUGUAAGCUAUUCGAGAUCAUAAUAAUAAUAAUUUUAAUAACAAUAAUAAUAAUAACAAUUAAUUAGAGUAUUACAAUAUUUAACUGGAGAAAAAUUGAGAAGUAGUUCAAAGAAAAUGUAAGGGAAAAAGGAAAAAGAAAAACUGAAUGUGGAAGAAUUUAGCUUUUAAUGUUUAAUGGUUCGGCUAUACGUGUGAAAACUGAAAAGGGUGAACAGUUUUGUUGUGUUUGGUGAAUGAUUUUGAUAAAAGCUACUCCCUCCAUUUUGAAAUAUA